UUUAGCUUUUUAAUUAUAAUUAUUAAAUUAUAAAUUAUUCUCUGUUUUUAUAUUUUCAAGAUUAACAGAGACGUGUAAAUAUAAAAUUAGGAUAGAUUUACAUAUACUUGUAAUUCGUAACAACAAUGAAUACUAGUAGCUGUAUUGGAAUCUCUACUAUGAAGCCUUGUUGUAGAUUCUUGAUUGGUUACAGAAUCUCCUCAAUAUUUGGGGUUUCUAAUUUCAAAUCGAGAGAUUUAGUUACAAGUAAUUUGUCGAAGUCACAAUCGAAAUCGGUUCUUCGUAAUGGGGAAGCAAGAUGUAAGGUUAUAGGUUAUAAUAAGUGUGUAGUUGAUCCGAAUCGGAGGACUUUUUGUGUAUCCGAUUCGAGUUGGGCUCCCGCGAAAGGGUUAGGAAAGAGUAGUUUUCGUGUUUAUAAAGCUAGGAAAAGGGGUGUUUUAGUAAUUCCCAAUGUAGCGUCGGAUUUUAGGAAUCACUCAACGUCAAUUGAAAAUCAUGUUAAUGAGAAGGGUUUUGAGAGGAUUUACAUUCAAGGUGGUUUGAAUGUGAAGCCUUUGGUAAUUGAAAGAAUUGAAUCAGGAAAUGAAGCGGUGAAAGAGGAAGAUAAUAGGGUAGAUGUUAACGGGUUAGGUGUAAAUUUAGAUAAUUUGAAGCACUUAGAUGAGAAUGUCAAAGCUCAGAGAGAAGCAUCGAAGAUUGAGGAGGAAGCGUGGAAGUUGCUUCGAGAUUCAAUUGUGAGUUAUUGUGGGAAUCCAGUGGGUACAGUUGCAGCUAAUGAUCCUGCAGAUAAGCAACCGUUGAAUUACGAUCAGGUGUUCAUUCGUGAUUUUGCACCUUCAGCACUUGCCUUCUUGCUAAAUGGAGAAGGGGAGAUUGUCAAGAAUUUUCUUCUUCACACAUUGCAGUUGCAGAGUUGGGAGAAGACUGUGGACUGCUAUAGUCCUGGGCAAGGGCUGAUGCCAGCAAGUUUUAAAGUUAAAACCGUGCCUCUGGAUGGAAGUGAUGGAGCGUUUGAAGAGGUUCUAGAUCCUGAUUUUGGUGAAUCAGCUAUUGGUCGUGUUGCACCUGUUGAUUCUGGGUUAUGGUGGAUCAUUUUGUUGAGAGCAUAUGGAAAGAUCACAGGUGACUAUGCAUUGCAGGAGAGGGUGGAUGUCCAGACGGGCAUAAGGCUGAUCCUAAAUUUGUGUUUAACUGAUGGAUUUGACAUGUUUCCAUCUCUGUUAGUCACUGAUGGGUCCUGCAUGAUUGAUAGACGUAUGGGUAUCCACGGACACCCUCUUGAAAUCCAAGCCCUGUUCUAUGCUGCAUUACGCUGCUCCCGUGAGAUGCUCAUUGUCAAUGAUGGAACUAAGAACCUGGUAGCUGCUGUAAAUAAUCGACUUAGUGCACUCUCAUUUCAUGUCAGAGAAUAUUAUUGGGCGGAUAUGAAGAAAAUCAAUGAGAUCUACCGUUACAAGACAGAAGAAUACUCUGUAGACGCCGUCAACAAGUUCAAUAUCUAUCCUGAUCAAAUUCCUUCAUGGCUAGUUGAUUGGAUACCCAAUGAAGGUGGCUAUCUCAUUGGCAAUCUAGAACCCGGUCAUAUGGAUUUUAGGUUCUUCACACUUGGAAAUCUUUGGGCCAUUGUUUCUUCUUUAGGUACCCCAAAGCAGAAUGAGGGUAUUCUGAAUUUGAUUGAGGCCAAAUGGGAUGAUCUUGUUGCUCAUAUGCCUCUUAAGAUUUGUUACCCUGCUUUGGAGUAUGAGGAAUGGCGUAUAAUCACUGGCGGUGACCCAAAGAACACCCCAUGGUCGUAUCAUAAUGGUGGAUCUUGGCCAACACUCCUAUGGCAGUUCACCUUGGCCUGCAUCAAGAUGGGAAGACCAGAAUUAGCACAAAAGGCAGUUUCUAUGGCAGAGCAGAGGCUAUCAGUGGAUAAAUGGCCUGAAUAUUACGACACACGAAGUGGGAAGUUCAUAGGCAAGCAAUCCCGGCUUAACCAAACUUGGACAAUUGCUGGUUUCUUGACCUCAAAGAUGCUCCUGGAGAACCCAGAGAAGGCAUCCUUGUUGUUUUGGGAGGAGGACUACGAGCUCCUCGAGACAUGUGUUUGUGCACUUAGCAAAACCGGUCGAAAGAAAUGCUCACGCAUUGCUGCAAGGACCAAGAUCCUCGUCUAAUCCCAAGCAAACAUCUCUUUAUCGCCUUCUGUGACCAUCACUGGCAUAGUUGGAAUUCUUUAGAAAAUAAUAAGACCAAGGAAGAAAAUUCCCCUCUCUGAACACGUUCUGAAGUUGACUUCAUGUUUAACAGCCAAAAUUACUGAUUGGUUGUAACAUUCAUUGAAGUAUUUGACUGAUUUGAUUUAGUGGCUAUGUUUUUAGAUAGCCUCUUAACUCAAUUUAUUGCUGAAAAUUGCAUGUAUUCUUUGAUACAAGUAGUUGGACAUCAAUAUACUUUUGACUUCAUUUGUAUAAGCUUUAAAUCAUUUAACUCUUAUUUUC